CUCCCUCCCGGGCUUCUACUUUCUUACAUCCUUCACCUUCUCAAUAAAUUCAUCAUGUCUGCAGUCACCGCACAUUUGAUGCGCCGCAGUGUCGAGCUUGCCUCGGAACACCGGCCAUCCAAGCCUGAAGAUGAGCAGACCCCCGGUGGCCUGGUCGCUCUGUUCAUCUUAUCAGCCCUAGUGUUUGUACUGAUAGGAGGUGCCAUUGAGUACACCUACGGUAGUGUGGUAGCAACGCUCGCGGCUGUGGAAGACUCCAACCCGGACAUCUACGUUCGCAUCGAUAACGACAACGAUGAUCUUGCCAAGCCAUAUGACCCCAACGACCCUGAGCCCGCUGCGGCCCCAACUCCGAAGCCCAUCACCAGCAAAUUACGCACCACCGUCAAGCACCUCCGUGCUCGUGCUGGUUUCUGGUCGCGUUUCCGCGGCUUCAGCAUGUUCGUGACCUAUUCCAUUGCCCGUGCAAUGCUCUCGGCUAUCAUUCCCGUUCCUUCCAGCUCGUUCAUCGGCCAGUUCUUCGUGCAGUCCCUUGUCGGCGUUCUUUUGUCUGGUUUGCAGAUGACAUGGGUGUGGAUAGUCAUCACGGAACCAUCACCUAAGCGCUUUUAUCAGCGUAUUCCCAGCUACCGUACCUGGGUCAAGGUUGCCCCCGCUGCUCUUUUGGAGGAUGCGUUGACCGCGGCGGCCUUCUUUCUACCGAUGGCCGUUGCUCAAUUCGCGGGUGCUUUCAACAUCACCCCCGGAAACAACAACACCCUCGCUGAUAUGUGCCGCUGGCUCGCUGUGACUACUGUUCCUGCCAUCCUGGCCUUCCUGGUUACUGUCCCCGCCCGCGUCAUCUUUGUUCGUGUUGCAGCCUCCAUGCUGCCCGAGGAGCAGGAGACUAUCGUUCCGUUUGACCGCUCUUUUGGCGGCAAGGUCCAGCCCGCAAUUGUUGGGGGCAGUGGCAAGAUUGGCCUGCUCGAUGCCUGGAAGACAUUUGACUGGGCUUCCCGGGUCCGCUUUGUGAAGGUGAUUUUCAAGACCUUUGCCAUGGAAGUGGCCGUGGGUGCGCUCGCCGUUCUUGUCCUGGGUGGCCAACUGUUUUACAUGAUGCCCAAGGGCACCCAGGGAAAUGGCUCCCCCGAGAAGCCUGUCAUUGGGUAG